AUGGGCCCACCGUACCUAAAAGAUAUUCUGGAAGAACCUGGCAAUACUCAUUGUGCUGACUGCUCCGAUAAGUUUCCCAGUUUUGUGUGUACCAAGCUUGGCGCUCUUUUGUGUAAAACCUGUGCAGAAAAAGGAAAUAAAGUUGUAAAUGAGAUCCUCGAGUUUGAGCUGCCUCCGUUCUACUGCAGACCUUGGCCUGGUAAUACGUGCCCCGAUUUUGUACGUGAAGCCUUUGUUCAUUCAAAAUAUGAUUCAUUGGAGUUUACUAAUGGUGCCAGACAAAGAGGUGAUCAAAGCCAAUACUUUUGUUCUGAAAAAGUUGGAAUUCUGUCCAAGAAAGUGAAAAAAUCAUUAACAUUUGUUGAUAGAAAAUUUCAGUUACUUAUUGAUCGCAACUUGUUCCUAUACUUUUUUAAAGCUGAGCAUGAUGAGCCAAAGGUUUCUGUGAACCUUGAUAAUAUGAAUAUUUUCUUCAUAAAUGAAAAGGAGUUUGAAUUGCCUCCCCAUACAAUACUAGUACAUUUCAGCGACGCCGGUAUUACACAUUUCUGGUAUCUAAGAUCAACUACUAGUAAAACUAUUGUUAAUUGGUUCAAUGCCAUUCGAUACGGCAAAUAUCAUAGGAUUUGCUUGAAUUCAAUGACAAACAGAGAUAUUUCAUCUCAAAUACUUUCAUCUCUUUCCCACCCUACAAUAGUCACAGGCUGGUUAAAUAAAACAGGUCCUAAACCAAGAGCAGCUUGGAGAACACGAUGGUGUGUUCUUAUAAACCGUAAACUUUUUUAUGGCGAGGAUAGGCAUAUGGAUGAGCCAAAUGGUGAAAUAUUUAUAGGACACGAAUCUGAUCACUAUGCCGUUGUUUUGGGUGUCCACGAAUCAUGCAAAAGACCAGCUGGGCCCAGCUUUACUCUUCAUACUCCCUUGCGAAUGUAUGCAUUGUAUGCAAUGACAGAAUCGGAAAGAGAAAAGUGGGUUUCUGCCAUAAGCAAGGUAAUAUUAACACCACUUUCUUUAGACGAUUACAAACUUAAUCGAAAUUGA